AAACAAGUUAUCUCUGCGCCAGUGCCGGUCCGGCUACGCGCUCGGGCACUCCUGCGCAUGUUGAUCUAAACGACCUUGGAUGGAGCAUGAUUUAAAUUUAGAGUGUCUACCAUAAUUGUGACGAUGUUGAGUGUAUUUAGAGUGUGUAAGAGUGAUGUUGUGUUCAGGGAGAGUUGGUUUCGUCGUGUGAAGUACCAUUCGGGAGUUGGAGUGUUCGGGCAUCGACCGAGGAGAGCGAAUGAACCCGAUGUACCUGCAGAAGUGCUAAAACGGAGGUACGAGAACUGCCGGGCGCAACAACUAGUCAAUGCCUACCGCACUCACGGACAUCUCAAAGCUGCCAUAGACAAUGUAGACUAUAAAAAUGAAAAUAGAGACAUCAAAGAGCUCAAUGCAGCCCGAUACGGUCUCUCGCCAGAAGACCCAGUAGACGUCAGUCUUCUCUACGGUUACUUCGGCAGCCAGCCUGUCAAGAGUCUGGUGCAUGAGCUAGAGAAGAUCUACUGUGGUCCUAUAUCGUAUGAAUUCGCUUACUUAGAGACAGAAGCCGAGAGAGAAUGGUUCGCCCAAAGGAUAGAGAGUUCCACGGACUCCCUAGAAAAAGAAAGAAGGAUAGAGAUUGCGAAGGAGAUGCUGCAUUCCCAAGCGUGGGAUAAGUUUCUGGGCGUGAAGUAUCCUACGGUUAAACGGUAUUGCGGAGAAGGAGCAGAAUCCCUUCUAACAUUCUUCUCGACAAUGUUUCAGCUUACUACUUCAGAGGGCGUCGAGCAAGUUAUAUUAGCCAUGGCUCACAGAGGCAAGCUGAAUGUCCUGAGUGGAUUACUCCAGUGUCCUCCAGUGAAGAUCUUUCACAAGUUCAGUGGCCAGCCCGAGUUCCCAUUGGAAGCCAACGCUGCCUGUGAUAUCUCUACCCAUCUUAGUGCGUCGGUGGAUAUCGCCGUAAAUGGAAAAUCCGUCCGGUUCUGUCUACUCAACAACCCGUCGCACUUGGAGGCUGCUAACCCUGUAUCCAUGGGGAAAGCCAGGUCCAGGCAGCUGCUACUGAAAGAGGGGGAUUACUCCCCUGAUGGAUCCACCGUCAUGGGAGACAAGGUUAUAAACGUCCAGAUUCACGGUGAUGCAGCUUUCACGGGCCAAGGAAUCAACCAGGAGACCCUUAUGUUGUCUCAAGCACCGCAUUUCAACGUCGGCGGGUCACUCCAUGUAGUGGUCAACAAUCAAGUGGGUUUCACGCUGCCGGCGGCUAGGGGACGCUCGUGCCGGUAUGUGACCGACUUAGCGAAGACAAUCGCCGCGCCAGUCAUCCACGUCAAUGGGGACCAUCCAGAGCUAGUAGCAAAAGCAACGAACAUAGCCUUCGAGUACCAGCGGCAGUUCAGAAAAGAUGUAUUCAUCGACUACAACUGCUUCCGGCGCUGGGGGCACAACGAGCUUGAUGACCCCACUUUCACCAAUCCCUUGCUGUACAAACUUAUACGGAGCAGGAAGUCGAUUCCGGACUUGUACGCUGACAAACUUGUGUCAGAAGGAGUCAUUUCGGGGGAGGAAGUUAACAACAUUUCAACUGAAUAUGCCAAAUACUUGCAGUCGCAAUACGAAUCUGUGCCUUCCUACAAACCUGAGGUGACGUAUUAUCAAGAACAAUGGUCCAAAAUGAACCCAGCUCCACACGCUGUCGAAACUUGGGACACAGGAGUCGAUAUCGGUCUUCUCAAAUUAGUUGGUUAUGCUUCAGUUCAAACGCCAAGCGAUUUCAACACCCACCAGCAUCUAGCGAAGACACAUAUCAAGAACCGUCUCAAUAAAGUAACCGAAGGAAAGGACCUAGAUUGGGCGACUGCAGAAGCUUUGGCUUUUGGUUCCCUCUUAAUGGAAGGCCACAACGUAAGACUGAGCGGGGAAGACGUGGGCAGGGGAACGUUCUCGCACAGACACGCCAUGCUGGUGGACCAGGAGACUGAGCAGAUAUACGUGCCACUCAACAAUAUACAUAAGGACCAGAAAGGGUAUCUCGAGGUAGCCAACUCGAUCCUAUCCGAAGAGGCGGUGCUAGCCUUCGAAUACGGUAUGGCGUACGACAAUCCUGACAACUUGUGCGUUUGGGAGGCGCAGUUCGGGGACUUCUACAACGGGGCUCAGAUCAUUGUCGACACUUACAUCACUUCUGGAGAAGCAAAGUGGGUCAGAAGCAACGGCCUAGUCAUGCUCUUACCCCACGGGUACGACGGAGCGGCGUCAGAACAUAGCUCCUGUAGAAUGGAGCGGUUUCUUCAGCUCACGGAUAGUUUGGAGUCUGCGCCGGAUUCUGAAGCGGUUUGCUUACACGUAGCCAACCCUACCACCCCGGCACAGUACUUCCAUUUGUUGAGAAGACAGAUGGUGCGGAACUACAGAAAGCCACUCGUGGUGGUGGCCCCGAAAUUGCUCCUACGUCUCGCUGAUGCGGUCUCACCGUUGUCUGACUUCGAACCUGGCACUCACUUCCAUCCAGUCAUUGGGGACAAACUAGCAGACCCUCUUAAAGUUAGAAGAGUGAUACUUGUUUGCGGGAAGCACUACUAUGAAUUGCACAAAGAGAGAGUGAAGGCAGGCAUCGAGGACGUCGCUAUCGUGAGGGUGGAGGCCCUUAGCCCCUUCCCUCUACAGGGCCUGCAGAAGGAGCUGGAGAAAUACCCUAAUGCUAGAAAAUUCAUAUGGAGCCAAGAAGAACACAGAAAUAUGGGCGCCUGGACAUUUGUUAAACCAAGAUUUGAAAACUUACUGGGAAGAAAGUUGCAAUACGCGGGGCGGUCCGAAGCCCCGACGCCGGCCGUCGGCGCCUCCGUUCUGCACCGGAAAGAAGUCGAGCACAUCCUUAGGGAACCGUUGUACAAUAUCAAAUGAUCCUUCUAUGUACAGAAGAACGAAUGUCGGCACAUCAAGCUGAAAGAUUUUGUAUCUUACAUAGUUGUAACAGGGUCGACUUUCGACAAAAGUGUAUAUCUGGUGUGCUGGCGACUGUCUCUACGAAAAUUACUACGUACGGAAGUUUCUAAUUAAUUAACGGAAAAUUAACUGAUGGAGUGUACAAGUUUGGCUUUAAAGCCACCGAUGGGAAGAGGCUAUAAGUAAAUAAAACUCUUUACUAACACUGCAUUUAAUGUAACUAUGUAUUUUACGCUAAUGUGCCAAUAAUUAAGGUGAUAAAAAAGUCUAUCAAGUGGCGCCCAACGUGUUGCUGAA